GGGAUUCUUUUCUAAAUGAUCUUCAAGGCAAUUUGGGGAAAAGCAUUGGAAUCCUCGGUGCUAUAAUAACAGACACAAUGGGCACAGAAACGCAAGAUGAAACCCCCUCUCAUCUCACAAAACUGGUAGAGGCAGACCAGUUGCUGUGUUCAAUUCAACUAUCGAAACAUCGAAAAUUGAAUUGCAGUCGCCAUUUUAACAGCAAGAUCCAAAAGAUUCCAUCAAAUGAAAGAAUUGACAACCUUCUGUUUGGAGAAGAUUUUGGCGAAAACAGCAAGAUGGCGAAGACGCUAGAAAACACUGUCAAGGAUAUGCGUGCUACUCAAUCUACUACGUCAAAAAACUGGAGGGACGCCACAACCAAGAAACGGUGGAAGACAACCUGGUCGAACAAACAGGCGAAGAGCAGACAACCCAGGACCGACGAUUACUCAAAGAAAGGCACCAGGGAUUACAGAAGAGAGGACAGAACAAACAAACUCCGCUACAGGUAAAAUAUGCUGGUCGGAACCGCAUCCGCUAUGACAACAGAUUACCCUGGGAGCAGCAGUUUUGUCAGACAGAUAUACACCAAAAAGGGCAUAACAGGAGAUGCCCUAGAGGUUCUACUGGCCUCUCCGAGCACCAAUACACUGAAAGAAUAUAACUGUACAUUUGGUAAAUGGUGGAGCCUUUGUAGUGGAAACAUUAAAAAUAUAUAUUAA